AUGAGCACAAUUACUCAAAAAUCUAAAGAUAUAAUUUGGAAGUUUUGGAAAAGUAAAAGAAAAGAACAGGCAUCUUCAUUAACUUUACAAACCGAAAAAAAUUUAGAGACUUCUAAAAAAGAACAAAAUAUAACAAAUGUAAAUAAUACAAAAAAUACAUCAAUUGGUAUCAUCAAUUUAUCAAUUCAAUCAAACGAUCUAUUUGGUUUGGGACAAUUAUCCAACACUUUGUUAAUACUUCAUGAAAGUCAUGUAAAAUUCCUUUCUAAUCAACAAGAACCUUUAAAAUGGUUGAUAAUUAUUUGGGAGAUGGUUUUUCUUACAAUAUUUUUGUUGUAUUUGAGUAAAUUUGUAAUAUUAAGUUUGGGAUUGGUUGAUAGUGUGAUGAGAGUCAUUCUUAGAAAAUAUCAAACUGGUCAAGAAAUACCAAAUCAUCUGAUAAACAAACCACCAAAGAUAAUAUCUAUUAGAUGA